GUAACAACAACACGGGUGAUUAGAAUUUAGAGCUGUAGCAAUCUGCGGGUUUAAACGUUACAGCAAUUUCGAAUACGGUUAAUGGAGUGAACGAUUAUGAAUUUAUUGUUUAGCAGUGAAUCGAGUUAUUUAAUAUCUGCUACCGAUCGGAGCUAUCCAAAAUUAUGCUGUCAAGGUGCAAUUUUCAUGCUAUCAUGUCGACCAACGUGAGGUUCAGCACGUACGGACUGCGCCGGUUGUUUAUAUCGUGUCUAAAUCAGAAGAGUGUCACAGCCUGCCGUUGGUCCAAACAACAGUGGUAUCUGAGCCAUGGCCGAGAUUCUUGCCAGAACUUCAAACUGUCUAGAUUUUAUUCUCAUAGUCGACAACCACUUGCAGCAACACCCCCGCCAAGUAUAGAUGAUGACAAAUCGCAAAGUAUCUUCCAAAGGUUCAAGAAUAUGGCUAAAAAGUACUGGUAUGUUGUGCUCCCUGUCCAUUUGGUGACUUCUACAUUGUGGUUUGGUUCAUUUUACUUUAUUGCUAGCAGUGGAGUUAACAUACCAGCUCUAAUGGAAUCAUUAGGUUUUCCUGAAUGGAUCAUUGAUAAAGUUAAAAAUGGCAACUCGCGGACCAGUUAUUUAUUGAUUGCCUACGGCCUAUAUAAAAUAUUUACACCAUUAAGAUACAUGGUAACGUUAGGCGGCACAGGUAUGACCAUACGUUAUUUACGAAGUCUAGGAUAUGUUGUUGGUGAUUCCAGCUGCCUCAAAAAGCCAUAAAAAAAAAUACAUAUUUUAGUAUUUAUAAGAUUGUUUAAAUAUGUCAAUGAAUUGAUGUUAAAAUAUAUUGUUAAAAUGUUAUAUUGCAGUACAUUAAAUUGUAUAAUAUUUAUAAUA